AUGUUUUACCAAAGUUGGGUUAAGCAGAAGCGGGCGCGGCUCAGAGUGCAUAGCAUACAGGUUGGAGACCGAGUCAUCACGGAGGAGACGGAGUUAAGAGACUCGGCAGUUCAUUUCUUCCAGGGGCUCCUGGCUCCCGCGGGGCCAAUGCUUGUCGAACCAGACCUAAGUCUCCUUCAUGCACUCCCGGACUCAACGGAGCUGAGCUACUUGAGUGCACCCCCGGAUGACGACGAAGUCAAGAAGGCGGUGUGGAGUAUAUCAGCGGAUAGUGCUCUGGGUCCGGACGGCUUUACAGCCUCCUUUUAUCACAAAUGUUGGGAUGUCAUUGGUAAGGACGUGGUUGAGGCGGUCAUGCAAUUCUUCAACGGGGCAUUCCUUCCGCGGAGCAUCACCUCUACCAUGAUCGUCUUACUUCCCAAAAAAGACAAUCCGAACAAGCCAUCCCCGAAUGUCGCCUUGAAGCUGGACAUGGCCAAGGCUUACGAUCGGGUCCAAUGGGACUUCUUACUCAAGGUGAUUCGGUGCAUGGGCUUUCCGGAAAGUUGGGUUGGUAUGAUCGAAAGGUGUGUUGGCUCAUGUUGGUUCUCAAUUCUAGUCAAUGGAGCCCCCUCGGGAUUCUUCAAAUCCACUCGGGGUUUAAGGCAAGGGGACUCCAUCUCCCCAGCGCUAUUCGUCUUAGCCGCGGAUUAUCUCUCUCGGGCCCUGGACAAGCUCAUAUGUGGGAAGAAGGACAUGGUAUUUAAAUCCACUCGGGGGUGUAGCGAGGUCAGCCAUCUGGCGUACGCGGAAGAUGUCAUCAUUUUCACGCAGGCUGCAACAGAGACUAUCCGGAGGAUCAAAGGGUGUCUCGAUACGUACUCCGACGUCUCAGAAAAUAAUGAAGACUGGGCGAGUAGUAUUGAGAGAGAAGGAGGAUUCUCGAAAGGUUCCUUCCCGUUCCUCUAUUUGGGAGUGCCUAUUUUCAAGGGGGCGAAACGGACCGAUAUGUUCCUCUUCCUUAGGGAUAAAAUUGCCCGAAGAGUUAAUGGGUGGGCUCACCGUCACCUAUCCUUUGGCGGCCGCCUCACAUUGAUAAAGAGCACGUUGGAAGCCAUCCUUAUUCACGUUUUCCAGGACAUUGAACCUACGAAAGGGGCCCUCAAAGCACUGGAACAACAAAUGGCAAGUUUUUUCUGGGGGGCUGUUGAAGAGAAACGAAAGACACAUUGGAUCGGAUGGGAGCAAAUUUGCCUGCCCACGGUUGAAGGAGGUCUCGGACUCAGACGGAAGGAGGAUGUGCUUAAGGCGUUCAACGCCAAAUUAUGGUGGAGAUUUAGAGAGCAAAACUCCUUAUGGGCGACACACAUGUACGCUAAAUACUGCUCACGAAAAUCUCCUUUGGCCUCGGUCGGAUCGAGUAGAAACAGCGCCACAUGGCGCCGGCUUACCGCGGCCUGGCCCACCGCGCACCAGAACAUGCGCUGGAUCAUUGGAGAAGAGAAGAUCCUAUUUUGGGAUGACAUCUGGUUAGGCGACAAACCUUUAAGGGAACUAUGCUUGGAUACUAGAGGGCGAUCUACAUCGAGGGCGGCAGAUUUUUGGUCCGAGGGGCACUGGGACCAUGCGAAGAUAUGGCUCGCACAGCACCAAUUAGGGUUGCCGACACAGGUGGCGGAAGAGAUCCUAAGUGUGCCAAUCUUGACCGGGAGUGCAGAUAUACCAAGAUGGACUCUUGAUCGUAAAGGGGAAUUCACAGUGACAUCGGCAUGGGAGGCCUUCCGAGCUCAUAGGAUGGCCAUCCCAGCCCUCGGAGAUCUAUGGAAUGAAGGCCUUACGGGAUCGAUGUCAAUCUUCAUGUGGAGACUUAUGUCGAACAGAAUUCCGGUAGACGCGAAACUCCAAUGGAGAAAUAUUAGCUUGGCCUCCAAGUGUCAAUGUUGCAGCGAGAGACUGGGAAACGAGACACUCCAACAUCUUUUCAUUGAGGGACAAGGGGCAUCACAAGUUUGGAGAUUCUUUGAUUGUUGGUUCGAGGGGAAAUCGGAACCCCUCCUACACUCGGACUCAAUCCCCACAAGACUCGAAAGGUGGGCGAAGAGAACAAGGCAAACGGCAAUGGCACACCUUGCAAGGGUGGUUCCGUGUUUGGUAUUCUGGUUCUUAUGGGCCGAACGGACUAAUUGUCGAUACAAUGGAGUUCGGUUUAGAGCAUAUAGUGUUAUAUGGUAG